CGGAGCCGCGAUCGGAACCCCCUGGGCCUCAAGUCCUCGCAGAGGCCCGUUCCCCGAGGGCGGCCGUGCCCAAAGCCACAACCCCGCGGAGGCCGAGUGACUCUGCCGGCGGCCCGCCCAGCUCCCGAGGCCCAGGCGCGACCUGCGCGACCUGCGCGUCCAGGCGCGGGCACCGCGCGGAGGACUGGCGCGCCGGAAGUGUGCGCUGUCCAGGUGCUCCGGCAGCUGGGCCGGAAGUGUGAACGGCCCGGACAGAGCCGGCGAAGACUCGGGACGCGCGCCGGAAGUGUGCACGGCCGAGGGAACUCCGGCGACGAAGCCGGAAGUGUGCGCGGCCGGGAGCGCCGCGAGCGCGCUUCCGGCUCACGCGUCGCGCGGUCGCCCCGCAGGCCCUUGUCAGGUCUCGUCGGCCGCUACGCUGGCGCAGUGCUGCGUUCCGCGGCCUACGGUCUCCGCGCGUCCCAGCGAAGGCUUUCCGACAUGAGCGGCAAAGAAGCAGGCCCGGGAGGCUUCAGGAAGAGGAAGCACGACACCUUCCCGCACGGCCAGCGGAGAGAGGGCAAGGACGUGAGCUCGUCUUCGCCCGUCAUGGUGGCCUUCAAGGCAUUUCAGCAGGAACUGGACGCACGGCACGACAAGUAUGAGAGGCUAGUGAAGCUCAGCCGCGACAUAACCGUCGAGAGUAAGAGGACCAUCUUCCUCCUGCACAGGAUCACGAGUGCUCCUGAUAUGGAAGAAAUACUGACUGAAUCAGAAGUUAAAUUGGAUAGUGUCAGACAAAAAAUAUUGCAGGUAGCUCAGGAGCUGUCAGGAGAAGACAUGCACCAGUUCCAUCGAGCCAUCACCACAGGACUGCAGGAAUACGUGGAAGCUGUCUCUUUUCAACACUUCAUCAAAACGCGGUCCCUAAUCAGUAUGGAUGAAAUUAAUAAACAGUUGGUAUUCACAACAGAAGACAGUGGGAAAGAAAACAAGACUCCCUCCUCGGAUGCACAGGAUAAGCAGUUUGUCACCUGGAAACUGAAAGUCACACCUGUGGAUUACCUUCUGGGAGUGGCCGAUUUAACUGGAGAAUUGAUGCGAAUGUGCAUUAACAGUGUGGGGAAUGGGGACAUCGACACGCCCUUUGAAGUGAGCCAGUUUUUGCGCCAGGUUUACGACGGGUUCUCCUUCAUUGGCAACACCGGGCCUUACGAGGUCUCCAAGAAGCUGUACACCCUGAAACAGAGUCUGGCCAAGGUGGAGAACGCGUGCUACGCCCUGAAAGUCCGGGGCUCCGAGAUCCCGAAGCACAUGCUGGCAGAUGUGUUCUCGGUUAAGACAGAAAUGCCUGAUCAGGAAGAGGGCGUUUCCUAGAGCAGCUUCCGGGGCUGUCGUCGGGGAGAGACCAGUUUGUGAAGUGCCACCUGGCAUUUCACUUGACUUUGUUGUGGCGUUUACGUAGAAGCGUUGUCAGUUGUACGUCUUCUAAGUUGUAUGCAAACUGUACAUACAGUCACUCUUUUUAUUGGCCGAAGUGCACCUGUGUGUGCACAGUGCAUGUGUGCCUGUGUGAGGUCUCUGCUGGUUGACCUUUACCCCUCAUCUGUGCUGUGUGAACAUGUUUUGUAUUGCUUUUUAUGCUGUACCUCUUUUAAUUUGCUUGGUGUGAAUUCUGCAGUGAUGAUUUUUAGUGGAAGCAGUUUAAGUUGGUGGUUUGGUUUAGAUAGAAGAGAUUUCUUAGUUUCACUUCUGGACCUGAAGUUCCGUGUCAGUUGCUUGGCAAUGUUGGGCCACACCUCCAAAAUUGGUUCAUUCAUGGAACAAGAAUUAAAAAUUAAUAAGCUUUCAACAUUUUUAAAUUACAAGUUUUGUGUUAUUAUAUUGAGAAUUCAUAUAAAGCUCUGACUAAUUUUAGGCCAUUUUGAGCUUAUGGCCUUCCAGAAAAAAUGACGAAUGCCCAGAUAUUAGUCUCUUCAUGUUUUUGUUUUGUUUUGUCUUCAGCGCUGGGGAUGGAACCCAGGCCUCGUGCAUGACAGGCAAGUCUCCACACUGAGCUGCAUCCCCAGCUCCUCGUCACUUCUUUUUUUUCUUUUUCUUUUAUUGUAGAAGGUCUGUUGGGGAAUUGCAGCUAACAUUGUAAUGUUUUCAAUGCUUAAGCUGAGUUAGGUAUGUGUACAUAGCCGAAAAGCUUUUGGUGAUUAUUUAGGAGGAUUUUCCCCUUGCCAUUAUAUUAGGCAUGCUUGAAGGCUUUUCUUUUCUAGUGUCUAUUAGAAAUUACAUUUAAGUAAUUGCAAUGAAAUAUUGAAAUACUGAGUUAAUCCAAACCUUUAUAGUUCUCCUGUAGCACUUCUAAAGUUGCCAAAGAAGGUGCACUGUGUAAGUCGGGCGUCAGCUGUGGGUGCAGUUGGGAUCGGCGUUGAGGUCUCUGGCGCUCCUCGAGUUGGAACUGCCCCUGAGGGCGAAGUGAUGGAGCACAGAGCCAGCCUUCCCAGGCCCGUCGGCUCAGAUCCAGAUUCUGGAUUUGGUUUUUGGAAAGGUUAUCUCUGCUGGUGAGAGCUGAUCCUCUGACAGUGUGACCUUUCAAACAGUAUUACCUAAGAGAAGUGAACCACGGCCGGUGCAGAGGGUGGGUGUGUGCGUUGGGGGUCCCUGCACUGAGGCUCUGCUGGAUUGGAAUCAGCCCCCUACAUACUGUUUGUUACUUCUACCACUUGAAUUUGAAUAAAAGUAAAAUCGUCAUGGA